AUGAAGUCCUUUCUUUUCGUACUUUUGAUUCUUUCCUCUUUGGUAUCCACCAAACAUCAUAAACCUUCCAAAGAAGAUCAGUUGAAAGGGAUGAAAGAAUAUGCCAAGGUUUGUAAUCAUGAUCUUCUCAAAGUCGCUCAACAUGACUAUACCACUCAAAUCGAUUCCUGUGCUGAAUUUAACUGCAUUUAUGAAAUUCUGGAGAAAUUGAACAACACUAUGCCUGUAGAACAACGCAACAAGAGUUGUAUUGUGUUUUAA